AAAAAUACAUCAUUUAUACUUGAUUACGAGUACCACGAAUGUUUAUAAACGUACCAAUGUACGUAGUUUAAUAAGAAGUACCUGCAACUAAUGUUAUCGGAUUGAAUUUGUUAUCCACCUUUAAAACCAUCAACUUGAAUUCAAUGUGAAGAAAUUUUUUAAUAAACCGAGCUGACAUAAUUAUAACAAGUAACUGAAUACCUGAUUUGCGAUGAAUUCGAUGAAACCACACGAGUCAGCCCUGAAAAAUGACACAUACUCUGAUAUGUCUGUAUUCGCUGUCAGAAUCCCCAGCUUACAAAAAAUUGCAUCAUAUCGAAUCGCCAUCGAGAUGUGGUAUAAUUACAUCAAACGUAGUAAGAAAAAAUCAACCACAGAAUUACAUUAUGUACGAACCAUAAACACCAAAGAUGAACUAAAAGAUUGCAGUAAAUUAUUGGAAAGUUUGGGAAUGCCACCGUUCAUAGAAAAUGAACUGAAAAAAUGCCUGCAUAAAGUUUGUUGGGAAACUAUUGACUGCCAAGCACAUUUCGGACUAGCUGAACCUCCUAUCCAUGUAGGAAUAAAUAUCCAUACCUCGCCACCCCAAAUAAUUUUACCAGAACUUACUAUAUCGCAACAGUACAAACUCAAGCAUGUAGACUUGAACAGCGUUGUAUGGUUUCCAAAUGGACGAAUUGACUACAAAAGUACUGCGAUCAAGCUUUCAUCAUUGUCCACACUGAGUGAAGCCCAAAAGUUUGUCAUAAUGAGUAACCAUUGCUUGCAAAAUGAGAUCAAACAUAUUAGUCUAGAUAAACUUGCAAAGGAAACCUUCCUUGAUAAAUUAAGUUCCCGCAAUACUCCGGUACAGUUCUACUGGUUUUUAUAUCUCAGCAAUCACAGGAAACAUGAUAAUUUUCUGGAUAAUUUUAAUUCAAGCGAUGUUGUAAUGGCUACAGAAUAUUACGAAGAUAAAUGUUGGGAAGGCUUUCAAUACUUUUGGGCUCGUUUGGGUGCUGAAGAACAAGUAUCGUUUAUAAGGAGAAAAUUACGUCCAUUUGAUAAAUCCUCCAGCCAACGGCACCAACACAGAUUGUUCUUCAAGAUGUCAUAUCACCAACUAAUCAAUUUAUUAUUCCAACAACCGGUUGACACUAUAACCACUUUCCUAAUGUCAAUGAAGCUGCCUAGGCAAGCACUUUGGGCCUGGACAUUGACUAAAAACAAGAUACCCAAAGAAAAAUUGUUCUUAAUGGUAAAUGAUUUACUUCUUUUAGGCCAGAUUCAGUAUGAUGAGAAGAGAUUGAGCGUUUUUUUGGAAAUGUGGAAUACAAUGACUGAUUGCCAUAAAAACUACCUGGCACAAAACUCGAGAUUAGGACAUUUUGUUCAGAGUACUUUCAGCGUCAGACCAUUUCAAGGUGUGAGGAAACUAUGUUAGAAAUGAAACGAUCGUAUAUUUCUGCAUUUGCUACCAACAGUGACCGUUAUGAAAGAUAUGGCAGUUACAAUAAAUUAGCCAAACUUGUCGAGCUGGAAUUUGUACAUGAAAAUCUGCACAAUCUGAGAUGUUCAUUUUCAAAGGCGUUUCAGAAAACACUUCAGCAUCUAAACAGUUGUUGCUAUUUCUUAGGGCGUGAUAUUUUCAUGAAUAUUUUUUCAUGGUGUUUUAAAAAUGACAACGAGGCAUUAAUUGAAUUUAAACGAACAGUGUCUGUUGAAGAUAUUUUUAAUGCAAUUUUCCAUGAUGCUGCUCAUGAAUGUUACGAGUAUUCACAUCGCUCGCUUCUUCGCAAACUCGACGUAUUUCUGAUGUGGUAUUUCUCAGGUGUUACAGCCGACGUAAUAAAGUUUAAAUCGGAAAUGAAGAACGACUCCAAGGUCAAAGAAAGAUUGAAUUAUGCUGCGUCCGCAGAUCGUCCUUUUCAAGAAAUUCUUUUGGAAUGGUUUCCCAAAAGUGUCGAAGCUGCAGCUGAAACCAGAUCGCCAACUUCUCCAGUUCUUACACCAACCAAAAAAAAAGCACACCGAUUUGGGCUGAAGAAAAUCAAACAAUGGUUCUCCAAAUCAACUACAAAUCUUUGAAAAACACAGCUGUUGCGAGAAUCCAGAAUUUCAACACCAAUAAUGUACUCAACGUUGAACUCUAGAAUCUAGAAAAAAAAAGACUGGAAAGAAUGAAUUGACGACUCGAAAAUUUAUAGUGCUCCAAUUUGCAGCAAAUCCAACGCCCUCAUGCGAAUAUAAAUGGCAUCGAGGACAGAAGAACGAGAAAAAUAUUCAAGAUGGGUACUCGUAUUUAAGUCAUUAAUUCACAGUGUAUAAAAACAAGGUGUAAUUAAGUAUCUAAUGUUAAUAUUCUUGCAUCAAAAUUAGUUUAAGUAUUCUAUUUUUCAACUUUUCAAGAAAAAAAUUCCCCCCUCGUCUCUUAGCCUCCUUAUAUUGAGCCUACAAAGCUUGGAAAAAAAUAAUUGAAGCAGAUACGCAAAAAAAUUUGGAAAAUAUUUCAUUUCGGAAUAUUUUUAAAAAUAAGUUAUCCUUUUUCAAUAAAAUACUUCCCUUGAUUUACCUAAGAGUAGAAAAUAUUAGCCCCUCAUGUAGACUGUAGAGUAAUUCAAAAUUAAUUUAAAAAAAACAUACAAAUUCAAGUUUAAAAAUGUUUGUUUAGUUUUCAAUUUUUGCACCAGAAUUCUUCUACAGGAAUGGGCAAAAGUCAGUUUGCAUACUCGAAAAUCACGAGUGCGUCAUUUUACCGCUCCUGGACGCGGAAGGAAGCAUUCUACGAAAAAAUCAGGUCGAGAAAAAUUGUAGAGCAUUAAAUUUCUAAUCGACGUAAUCAUCUAAGUUUUUUUUCUAGGAUGCUUAGUUUUUGAUUUAUUAAUGAAAAAAUAAAACUUUUUUUGAAAUCAUUUUUUGAAAAAUUUGCAAACUAACGUUGAGUUUCAUAAAAAUCGAUCUGGAGGCGGAAGGAAGCACUCUACAAAAAAAUUAAGGUGAGGAAAAUUGUAGAAAAUUGAAUUUCCAAUCGACAUAUUAUCACUCAUUUUUUUCUAGGAUGCUUAGAUUUUGAUUUAUUGAUGAAAAAAUGAAACUUUUUUUGAAAAAUUUGCAAGCUGAUGUUGAGUUUCAUAAAAAUCAAUCUGGAGGCGGAAGGAAGCACUCCACGAAAAAUUUAAGUGAAGGAAAAUUGUAGAGAAUUAAAUUUCCAAUCGAUAUAAUGCCACUUAUUUUUUUCUAGGAUGCUUAGAUUUUGAUUUAUUGAUAAAAAAUUAAAAAAUUUUGAAACUUGAAAAUUUCAUUUUUCAAUUUUUGCAAAUUUGCAAGCUGACUUUUGCCUAUCCCUGUACAUCACUUCCCUUUACAAGAAAAAAUUUCCUUUGAUCUCCCAAGCCAUGUUAAUGGGUUUCCGUACGAGAGAACCAACAACAUUUGGGAGUUGUUUUUUUUUUUCAAGGGAAGUACUCGUGAGUACAUAUUAUUUUAAAAAAAUUAUUGCACAGAAAUGGAAAACUUUUGGAUAAAUCGAAUAUUGACACUGCAUUAUUCGGGUUGGAGAGUCGAAAUUUUCAGAGAAUUUUUUUCCAUAAAAACAAACAACAUCGAGGAGUAAAAAAAUGAAAAUUGAAAAAAAAAAUGAUACAGACUAGAGUGAAUGAAACAUUUUCUUGAAGAAGUUGUGAAAACAUAAUAUAUUAAGAUAAGAAAAAUUGAGGAAUUUUUUUCAGUUUUCUAAUAAAAUUAAAGACUCGAGUGAAUCAAAACAUUUUCCGAAAAGUUAAAACCAUCAUUUAGGUUUGGAUAAAAAAUCGAGAAAUUUUAUAUGCGUAACUGUCAACUCAAAAUGAAGGUCUCUCCUAAAUUCAGUCAAAAUUCCCCGACUUUUCUUUUUUCGAUCCACCCUAACACUCGUAUUAUUGUAUGUACUUGGUAAGAUUUGAUCAUUGAUUAACAUUAAAAUACCUAUAGGCUUAGGUACAUAUUUUUAACCGUACUUAGCACUGUAUCGAUGGUAAGCUUGAUAGAAUAAAAAAGUGGUAAUAUAUGUAUUAA